ACUUCAGCCCAUAAUUUUUCCGCAUUGUGCGGCAGAGAGAUGAAAGCAAGCAUUUUCUCCACUCUGCUGGUCCUCGAGCUGGCUUCGGGAACAAAUUUCUGCGAUGAAAAACUGCGAACGAGUGUGACGGAUGCUGUAGAACUCGGAAAUGGAACCCUGCUCUCGACAACGGAUGGCGUCCAAUAUCCCAACGGCACCUUUUGGAAAGAGGGAGAAGGAUCCUGGGCGGUCUGCCCCUGCCUUUUUCACUCCUGUAUCAGAGUGUGCGAACAGGGUUUCGCAAAUGACAUGAUUUCACACUUUGGACAAAAUGAUGUGCAUGAAACAAUAUAUUGGAAUGAAAUCUUUGAGAAGAAUGCAACGUUAAACGAUGUUUUCACACAAGUUCCCCUGGCGAAGUGCAGCGAAAUGGCCGAUAUCUUAGAAAAAGACACGUUUAAAAUAUUUGCUAACGGACAGCUUAAGGUGGAAAAUCAAACGUUACACCCUGAGCAGUAUUGCGUGCACUUCAUGGAUGGAAGCUCAGUACAAGUGAUUCGCUGCAUGGAAGAAAUGAUUGAGGAACACCAAUUGAAGUUUAUCCUUUAUCCACCAUUUUUCGUCCUCAGCUCAAUUUUUCUGAUUUGGACUGCUUUUGCUUUUGUCAUUACCCCAGAAAUCAGGUCAUUCCACGCAAAGUGCUUGGUUUGCCAUUCAGCGUGUAUGGCGGUUGCUUUCAUCGCCUUGACUGUGAAUUAUCUACACAGAAUUACUGACUAUUAUAAGCUUUGUUUCACGAUUGGAUACACCAUCCUCUAUUCAUUUCUCGCCUCCAUGUUUUGGUUGAACGCAAUGAGCAUUGACAUUUACCUCACCUUCAAAGGGUUCGUUCGUACGCAAGGUAGUCACAUUAAGAAGUUAACGAUCUACUCUUUUGGUACUCCGAUGGCCAUCGUGGCUGUGGCUAUGACUUUUAAUCUUGUGAACAGCGAAAACUCGGUGUUCAACGCAAAAAUUGGAGAAUAAUUUUGCUGGAUGAAAUGUAAGAUAACUAUGUAUACAUAAAUUUUAAUGAAUGAGUACAUACUAAAAUAGUAAAUAUUUCAGCUGAUAGUGCUGCUAUUUUCAUUUUCCUUCAUGGUCCAACCCUGAUUCUUCUUUUGGCCAACGUUGCUUUAUUCUCCGCCACGGCCGUCAACGUGAGUCGCACUCGACAGGAAUCGGCCCGCGCCAUGAAGAAAACCAACAGCAGAGUUCAUUUGACGAGAAAGCAAGAAAAACAACGCCUCAUUGUAUUUGAAGGUGUCGUUGUUGAUGGGCUUUACUUGGAUCACUGAAGUACUUCACUCUGUUGUUGGCGGUGAUGAUGUGUACUGGUAUUUUACGGAUAUUGUUAACGCUUCAAGGGGGAUUCUUAUUUUUUGGCUCUUCGUGCUAGCCAGUAAGAAGAUUCGGAAGAGCUUGCUAGAUAGAUUUUGGAAGAAUCAAUGAUUUGUAAUGCAAAAAAUCAAUUCCUUUCACUGUAAAUGGUAAUUUUCAUUCUACACAUAUUUUGUUAUUCUUGUUUAUUCGUGCAUGUCAAUACAUAAAAUUAAAGAAUUAAAUAGAAAAUUAGCAAGA